UGCGAUCUAAAACGAUAGCGAUCAUUCAGAAAAUCCAGUCAUCAACUUUGGUACCAUUCCAUGGACGACGCCGGAGCAUACUAUGCCCCUCUCGCUCAGUACUCGUAUUACCAGCAACCUCCUCCGCCACCGCCUGGAACGGCGCAUCAGCUUCCGCCACCAAAUGUUCACCUGUCUCAUCACCAACAAUACCACUCUUAUCAAACGCCGGUAGCCACCUAUGCCACUUCGCUCUAUGCUCCUCCGCAAUCCGAUGGCGAUGUCCGAACUCUCUUCAUCGCGGGACUUCCGGAAGACGUCAAGCCGCGAGAAAUUUAUAAUCUUUUCCACGAGUUCCCCGGAUAUGAGUCUUCCCACCUCCGAAGCCCUACCUCGAAUACGCAGCCAUUUGCAUUUGCAGUGUUUGUGGAUCAGCAAUCUGCACUUGCAGCAAUGUAUGAACUGAAUGGGCUGGUAUUUGACCUUGAGAAAGGAUCCAUUUUGUUCAUUGAUCUUGCAAAAUCUAAUUCCAGGUCAAAACGGCAAAGAACAACAGAUGAUGAUGGGCUUGGAUUGGAUAAAAGAAUGAAAGGAUCUGCAGCCGUUUCAAGAGUCAUUGAAUCUGCAGGUGUUGGCAACAUUCACAUUCCUGGAAUGAGUAGUUCUGCUUACAACACAGUUGGUUAUCCACCUACACAAAGUUAUGCUAAUUUUGAUGGUAGAUCUGGGAACGAGAGCAAUGCAAACAAGAAUGCACCUCCAUGUCCUACACUCUUUGUGGCUAAUUUGGGGCCAAAUUCUUCAGAACAAGAACUCAAUCAAGUGUUUUCAAGAUGCCGUGGAUUUUUAAAGUUGAAGAUGCAAAGCACCUAUGGAGCUCCUGUUGCUUUUGUUGACUUUAAGGAUACUGCUAGUUCAACUGAAGCUCUGAGCAAUCUUCAAGGGGCAAUUCUUCACUCCUCACCAGGCGAGGGCAUGAGACUAGAAUAUGCAAAAUCACGGAUGGGAAUGCGCAGCAAGAAGUCCAGAUAAGAAAAUCAGAUGCUGCUGAGUUUAAGAUUUGUAUUUUCGUACACUUGGUUAAAAGCUAAAUCGCAGUCACUACCGACUGCCCCGCUGAUGAAAGGUAAAAGAAUCAAGUAUAUGUGAGGAACGGAAGUGGGCAUUGAGAAUGUGGGGCUGAUAUCGGUGUGAUGUUAUAUGUUCAUUGAUGCUCAACAAACGGAUUAUUGUUUCAAGUUAACAUGAAAUAGAAAUAGUGGUACCAUGUCUUUGUUUUGCAUUGUUGUCAGCUAGCCUAUCGUAUUUAUUGUUUUUCUUUGUUCAACUUUUCAAGUGAAGGCCCAGCUGGUAUGACAGCUUAUUUGAAAAACAUGGGCUUUUUAAAACGUUGAUCAUAUGACAAGAGAGUAACGUCUAGAAAAAGCUUAUGACUCAAAUGAAUAAUAAAAUGUUUCGUAGUCUUAUUCCUC